CUCUCUCCGACCAAUCAGAGGUUGCGACCCUUCCUUGACACUGACCGUCGUCGGUGUGCCGUCGUUAUGUUCCGCCUGGUCCUGCCUCUCUUCGCUCGUCGUCGUCCAUUCUGUCCAUCGCGAUCCCAGUUCAGUACCAGGGUGGCCGUUCCAGAGACGCUCCAGCAACCAGAGCAUGCAGUCAUAUCUGCAUUUGACCUGUUUAGCAUCGGUGUUGGUCCGUCUUCGUCUCAUACAGUCGGCCCAAUGCGCGCCGGAAAGAUUUUUAUUAAUGAUCUAAAGGAGCUGCAGUUGCUAGAAAAGGUGAAGACGGUCAAAAUCACUCUAUACGGUUCGCUCGCUGCCACGGGAAAAGGCCAUCAUACACCUCAAGCCAUCCUUCUCGGGCUAGAAGGCUCCGAUCCUGAAACAAUUGAUACUGGUACCAUUCCGUCUCGGUAUGACUCCAUCUUGACAACCAAGUACCUCUACUUGGGUGGCCACCAUCGAAUCCAUUAUGACAUGGAUCGCGAUAUGUUGUGGCGCUGGGACCAAGUUCUUAAGACACACCCAAACGGAAUGCGAUUCAGCUGCUUCGGAGAAGAUGGGGACCUGCUAGCUACCAAUGAGUAUUUCAGCGUCGGAGGCGGCUUUGUUGUUAACGAAAAAACCAAAGUGGAUGAGAAUUUAUUUUACAAGGGUGUCGAUAAACGGGUCGUUCAAGCUGCAAGGCUACAUCAAACGUACUCCUUGUCAGAACCCCAUAUCGAAGCAGAGCCAUCAAAUUCACCCGGAGAUACUCCUAGCACCAGCGAUCACCCGCCUUAUCCCUUUGAAUCGGGGAACAGUCUUUUAGCUUUGACGAAGAAGCAUAAUAUGACCAUUGCACAAAUUGUUUAUGAUAACGAAAAAUCAUUUGGGUAUACCGAGAGUGACAUACAUGAUAAAAUUUUUCGAAUAUGGAAAGUCAUGGACGAUUGUAUUCGGACAGGUGUUUCUGCUGUCGAUCCGACGCUGCCUGGAAGACUUGGACUUCGUCGGCGGGCACCCAUGUUGUACAGACGAUUGAUGCGAGGAUUCUAUAGUGGUAUCGCCUCGCCAACUUUACCGGCCAUUGGGUCAGGUUGGUCAUCCAAUGACGUACGAACGAUCGGUUCUCCUGAAACUGAAGAGACGAAGGACAACACACUGAACAGACCACUGUCUGGAGCUCCGAAGAUCGUUAGAAGAACAAACAUGACUAGAGUGGUGGGCAGUUUCGAUCAUCCGCUGUUACCCGUGCCUCCGAGGAAAACUACGAUACCGGCUAUGGAUUUCCUGUCAUGUUAUGCAAUUGCUGUCAACGAAGUCAACGCUAGUGGUGGAAGAAUUGUCACGUCGCCAACAAAUGGUGCAGCAGGUGUGAUUCCUGCGGUCUUGAAAUACAUUCUUGAGUUUGUUAGCGAUGAUCCUGAGAAGAGCGUCAUGACCUUUCUGCUUACGGCUGCUGCAAUCGGAAUGCUAUUCAAGCGUGGAAGCACAAUAUCUGCAGCAGAGGGCGGAUGCCAGGCAGAAGUUGGUGUUGCGUGUUCCAUGGCAAGUGCUGGCUUCGCUGCCUGCAUGGGUGCCACUCCCGAGACCGUAUUGCAGGCGGCCGAGAUAGGCAUAGAGCACAAUCUGGGUCUUACGUGUGACCCGAUAGAUGGCUUGGUUCAGGUUCCAUGUAUCGAACGUAACAGUCUCGGUGCUGUCAAAGCAAUCACGGCUGCUCAGCUAUCUAUGGCGAGCCAAGGCGUGUAUAGCGUGACUCUUGAUGAGGCCAUAGAGGCUAUGCGACUUACGGCGGCGGAUAUGAGCGUGAAAUACAAGGAAACAAGUCUUUCGGGACUUGCGACUACCGUCAAGAUCCCUUUAACGGUCCCAGCAUGUUGAGAACAAAUCGACCUUGUCGACGUUAUCACGCUCUCUCUUCACCGGACUCAUUUCUAGAACGUAUGGUAUACUUAAUUGCGGACUCCUGAUUAUAGAUGAUAGAUAUGUUGAUGUUUCGCUUGUUCGAAUGCUUUCGAUAGUAAUGAUUAGAUGAUCUCAAUGUACUGGCAACAGUUGCCCU